CCACAAUUUUCGUGUGAGAGAAAGAAAAGGAAAGGAAAGAGCAGGUCAAAUUUCAUCAACUGUUAAAGAAAAAAAAAAUCAAUGGACAAGCAAUUCAACGAUUCAUCAAUCUGGAACAGCUUUGUUAAUUAAUUCAAUGGGGAUACUUUCUAGACACAGUCCUCGGCCAUCUUUUCUGCCUCGAUACUUUGUCUUCUUUGCUUUUCUAUUCCUUGGUCUUCUCCUCUUCUUUGAGAUCGACAACUUAAUUUCUCAGACAAAAACAAUCGUUGGUCACAACUUAGAGCCAACGCCGUGGCAUGUAUUUCCUGCGAAAUCCUUCGAUGAAGAAUCGACUUAUUCAAAGGCUUCCAAGAUCAUACAAUGUUCAUAUCUUAGCUGUAGUAGCACUAAUCGCGUCCCCAAUAUUCCUCGAAACAGCAAAUUUCAAUCUGAAUCAAAAAUCACUGAAUCCUGCCCACAUUUCUUCAGGAGCAUACUUUACGACCUCGAGCCAUGGGCCAAGUCUAGGAUUUCCAUGAACCAUGUAUUGGAGGCUCAGAAGAAUGCAGCUUUUAGAGUUGUAAUUAUUGGUGGCAAAUUAUUCGUAGAUUUUUACUAUGCUUGUGUCCAGAGUAGGGCUAUGUUCACAAUUUGGGGAAUAUUGCAACUACUUAGGAGAUAUCCUGGAAAAGUUCCAGAUGUUGAUUUAAUGUUUGAUUGCAUGGACAAGCCUAUUAUCAAUCGAACUGAACAUGCUUCAAUGCCGUUGCCUUUGUUUCGGUACUGUACCACACCUCAUCAUUUCGAUAUACCUUUUCCAGACUGGUCUUUCUGGGGCUGGUCUGAAAUAAACAUAAGACCAUGGAAUGAAGAAUUUAAAAGCAUCAAAUUAGGUUCAAAAUCUCGAAGUUGGGUAAGGAAGAUACCGAUAGCAUACUGGAAAGGGAACCCAGAUGUAGUUUCUCCUAUUCGUUUAGAGUUGCUUACUUGCAAUGACACUCAAAUGUGGAGAGCACAAAUUAUGCGGCAGAAUUGGACAGAAGAAGCAAAGAUGGGAUUUCAGAAGUCCAAACUAUCAAAGCAAUGUGAUCAUAGGUACAAGAUUUAUGCAGAAGGAUAUGCAUGGUCAGUGAGCUUAAAGUAUAUUUUAGCAUGUGGUUCUCUUCCCCUGAUAAUCAGCCCACAGUAUCAGGAUUUCUUUAGUCGCGGUCUGAUUCCGAAGAAAAAUUACUGGCCAAUUCCUCCAUUCGAUUUAUGCCCUUCUAUAAAGUUUGCAGUUGAUUGGGGUAAUGCAAAUCCAUUGGAGGCCGAAGCAAUUGGAAAAGCAGGACAAGACUUGAUGGAAAGUUUGAGUAUGGAUCGGAUUUAUGAUUACAUGUAUCACUUGAUUUCGGAGUAUGCAAAGCUCCAGGAUUUUGUACCUGUUCAACCCUCCUCUGCUCUUGAGAUAUGUAUGGAUUCUGUGCUUUGUUUUGCUGAUGACAAGCAAAAAAAGUUUCUCAAAAGAUCCAUCACAUUCCCUUCACCUGGUAGUCCUUGCUCACUAUAGAAAUUCUACGAGCAGUGACGAAUUCAGGAUUUAGAGUCAGAAUUAGAAUCUGUUGAACCCGUUGUGUUAGUCUAGAUCAGUGUCACUGCCUACCAAAGUUACAUAGGAACAAACAGGAAAUUGUAGAAGAGGAAAUACAAACCAUAUUCGGUUUGCCUUCACUCUUUGUACGAGAAGUUUCCUGUUUCACCUAAGAAUACACCCUUUUAGAAGAAAGGGAUUUUACAUCAUUACACACCCUAGUCUUAUUUAUGUGUGAUUGUUCGGGACUAAGGCUUAAUUGUUGUAGUUUUGGGGCAUUACUAGAAUUUAUGCUUGCCCUUUUCCAAGCUUGUUUGAGGCAUUUGCUCUCUGCAUUCAAGACAGAAGAAGCAGGUAUUUUAAUGAUUAGGCAUUUGUAUUUAGGGACUAGGGAGAAAUAGCAAGUUUUAAGCUUAUUGAUCUUUCAAGAGGGAAAAAAGGCAAAUGUGAUAUGUGAAGCAUAUUCUUUCUUAAUGGAAAUAUAGUACUACAUUCAGUGA